AUGUGGCUCGAACACUUUCGCCGUGCUGUGGAUGAGAAUGGCAUACCAUCCAUCUAUGAUCCCUGGCCAGCAAAGGAUAUUGCUUAUACCGCGAUCGUUGGCUCAGUCAUGCUUGCUGCCCUUCUCGAAUGGUUUCUUUGGGUUGCUGCUUUCCUAUAUUGUUUGGUCAAGGUCUUCCAGAAGGCCGAGACUCUCAGCAUCAGAGUUCUAGCGGUUGUAAUGAUGUUCGCAUUCACAGGUCUCAGGUAUGCUACCGCCGCCAUCGAAUAA